UUCACUCGCGAUCAGUGUCAGGACAUGAGCAGAUCCGCAACGCAUUGCACAGAACCAGGCACGUCUUAUUCUUCGCGUGUGUUAUAUAUACAUCCAUACCUUCGUUAGCCUAUCGGAAUAUCCAGAGUGCAAGCUCCAAUCUCCAACCUAGCAAGGAGCAGGUGCAGGAGCCGGCGGAGGAGGAGAAGGCAGCGCGGCAUGGAUUGGGGCAACGUGACGGGCGAGGAGCUGGUGGACGCGCUGCGGGAGGUGGAGUGGUCCACGCCGCCGCGCCCGCUGGCGGAGUUCGUGCAACGCUUCUCCACGCCCAAGAACGCCAGCAAGUGGCGCAGCCGCCUCAAGUGCAAUGCCUACUACUAUCGCACCAACUACUACAUCCUCGUCUGCUUCGUCAACGCGUGCUGUUUCGCGCGCAACCCUCUCGCGCUGCUCGCCGUGCUGCUCGCGUCCAUCGCCCUCGCCAGCCUCAACGACAGUUUCGCCCUGUCUCUCAGCGAGCGCCUCACUCGAGCCAUCAGGAAGCUCUCUCCGCCCCUGGCAGCCAAGCUUCGGCCACCCCAACAGCGCACGGGAGUGAGGGGGCGGCCGUUGAGAGGAGCGGUGUACAUCUGCGGGCAGGACAGACGGGUCGCGCUGUUCCUGCUGCUAUUCCUGAGUGCGUGGCUGAACUACGUCUCAAGAGCCUACGUCACGUUUGCAAUUGCCUUCACCUCGAGUGUUCUACUGGUGGUGGUGCACGCUACUUUCCGGUCGCCCAAUCUCAAGGCCCGGCUAAACUCGUACAGAGAGGAGUUCAGAGCGGUGUGGCGUGGCUACAGUGACGCGCCCUGAUACAGCGGCACGCUUUUCUUGCUAGAGCAAAAUGCUCGUAUAAAGCUCCAUUCUCAUACGACAUGCAACCUACCUAAUCAUACCUUGCCAUUCUUCCACAUGGCAAAGGACAGUUGAAGCCAGUGCUGCUGCUACGGCAAGGGGAAACACCAGCAGCUGCUGGUUUCAGCUCGCUCAACCUAAGCUCAUGUUGUGAUGGGCAACCUUGAAGCGCUUUCCCUUCCCUCCCCAUAUGCCAGUCAGUAGGAGUGUUGGCAGGUAACUAGCAACUAGCAUAUUAAAUCAAACGCUUACAAUACUUAGGGAAGCUCGGAGUCAAUGCCAUUAUAGAUCAUGUCAGCAGAAUCUAGAACUUGAGGUUCGAUCCUUGCUGGAA